AUGUCACAUCCAACUCCACAGCCGCCAAGCGACCAAGUGUCGCAGCUUACUUUAUCCCCUCCAUCACAACUUUCUGGCUUUGAAUGGUGGAGACGAACUUUGCUGUACCAAACUGGUCUCGGUUUCACUGAACAAGAUCGAGCACAAUACAUCUAUGAUUAUCAGAAUCGAAAUCUUGAGGAAAAAUGCCGAUCCUGUAACGACAACCUCAAAUGGGUAUUGCAAUACUCGCCAUCUGUCAUAUUUAUGAUGGACCAUAUACGAAAGUUGAACAAGGAUAACGAACCAAUGGAUCCCAAAUAUAUCAAAUGUGCCACUUGCGAUUUCACAAAAGGUGGUGGGUUUGACCCCAAUUCAGGUGUGUUGUUGUGUAGCAACUGGAUUCGAUCAAAAUGGCAACUAGAGGAUAUCUUGACACACGAGCUUGUGCAUGUUUAUGACUACAUGAAAUUCAACAUGAAUUACACCAACUUGAGGCAUCAUGCUUGUACGGAGAUCAGAGCAUCGAUGUUGAGUGGAGAGUGCAGAAUAUGGGCUGAAAUUAAAAAGACCGGCUUAGGCAACUUUGGUAAAAAGUUUCAAGACUGUAUUAAAAGAAGAGCUGUAAUUUCAGUUGCGGCAAAUCCUGCUUGUCGAAACAAGGAAGAGGCAGAAAAGGUUGUGGGAAUCGUUUGGAAGAGCUGCUUCAAUGACACCAGACCGUUUGAAAGAGUGUACAGCCUUCAUUUCAUUAUGGUAAAGAGAGGGAACACGGAUGAAAAAUUGAAUCUCAUCUCCGACAGAAUCAACAGAAGAGACUUGCUAGAUAUAAACAACGACUACAAUGCGUCAUCGAGUGAUACUGAAACUGAGGCGUCGACCUUAGACAAGGACCCGGCUGACUUAACUGAUGUCACUCCACCGGAAUCAUCAACCACUUCUGCAACUAAUGUCUCAUCCAGUGAUGGAUAUUUCAAACAAGGGUCGAAUGGAGUGAGAUCUACAGGUAAGAAAGUACCCAGUAGUCCGCUAGCCAAAGGCGGCAACUUGAGAUCUCGAACGCGUGCUUCCAGGAUUCCUCGAACGGAAAGUGCUAGCCUGGAUGUGUCGAAGUCUGAUUUUACAUUGGACGGAUGGGUCAAAUAUGUCUCUGAGCAAGAUCAUCACCGACUUGUGAGGAAAAAAUCCAAGUCCGAGGAUGGGAAAGAACAAAAGCGAAGGGAAAAGUAUCGGUUAAGGUUUGGAGAUUUAUCCUUUACCGGUAAGAGCACCAUUUUUGACUCCCAAGAAUUCAUCAAGUCGGAGUUUUACGGCUUUUAUAUUUUGUUUUGGUUGGCCACUGCUUUCAUUAUAUUUAAUGAGCUUGUGCAUAUGCAUUUUGAAAACUACUCACCACUCUGGGACUGGGAGAUUGUCAAGAUAUUGCAGCGUGACUUGUUCAAAGUGGCAUUGACUGAUUUGGCAAUGUACUUGACUUCGUAUUUCCCAUUCUUUCUACAAUUUCUUUGUCGGAAUCGCUUGUUAAGUUGGAGACGUUUUGGUUGGGUUUUGCAGAGUGUAUACGACUCUAUAUUCUUUGCUGUUUAUUUGUGGUUUUCCCAUCACAUGGAUUUCCCAUGGAUUGCCAAAGUCUUUUUGGUGUUGCAUAGUCUCGUGUUUGUGAUGAAGAUGCACUCCUAUGGAUAUUAUAAUGGAUACUUGUGGUCGGUUUUCAAUGAGGGUAUGUUCCUGGAAAAGUACCUCAAUCAACUAGAGAAUGGCGAGGUUGAGCUCCCACAAGGGCACGAAUUGGAGGAAACAAUCAGCACUUUGAAAAAAAGCAUCGAGUUUACCAAGUACGAGUUAGAGUACCAAUCAAGAGCCACUUCCGAUAAACCGGAGCAAGACCACAGCAAGUGCGACGAAUCUGUCCUUGAUUGCUCGUUUGCCGAGUUACAGAAACGUGGCUUGAUAAAGUUCCCUCAGAAUAUCAACCUCUGGAACUACUUUGAGUACAGCAUGUUCCCAACAUUGGUAUACACUAUUCAGUACCCCAGGACAAAGAAAGUGAGAUGGCUAUACGUCUUUGAAAAAUUGUGUGGAAUUUUCGGUCUUAUCUUUCUUAUGGUGUUUGUUGCUGAGAAUAGCAUGUUGCCAAUUGUUAAAAGGGCGGCUGUUGCCAGGAAACUCCCUGUACACGAACGUGGCAGCUCAUACUUUUUCAUAUUGAUUGAUAUGAUCCCACAUUUCCUAUCUGAGUACUUAUUCACAUUUUUCCUCAUUUGGGACUCCAUAUUGAAUGCCCUCGCGGAGUUGACCUUGUUUGCAGAUCGUGAUUUUUAUGGUCCUUGGUGGUCAUGUACUGAUUUUUCAGAAUAUGCAAGGCUAUGGAACAAGCCGGUGCACAAUUUUCUUUUGCGCCAUGUUUAUCACUCCAGUAUCAGUGCGUUGAAGGUUAGCAGGAUUCAGGCAGCUUUGAUUACAUUUGUUAUAUCCAGUAUAGUUCACGAGUUGGUGAUGUAUGUGAUUUUUGGUACUUUACGUGGUUAUUUGUUGUUGUUUCAAAUGUCACAAAUUCCGUUGAUUAUGAUUAGUAGAACGAGGUUUAUGAGAGACAAGAAGGUAUUGGGCAAUUUGAAGCUACUACUUGUGGCUAACAACAACCCCGAUGAAGCAAGUGGAGUGUAUGACAUUGUUGUACAAGCACAUGGAAUCAUGGGCCCCAAGAUUGCACAAACGUUUACCAACAACGUCAUUGGAAAACAGAUUGACUUACUAGGUCGAUACCCAACUGCCAGUGAUGUUGCACCAAGUAUUUUAUUCGCCACGCUUUUCGGUAUCGUUACCAUGUUGCAUAUGUUCAUCUUCCUCCUCAACACAUACCGCGGUCAUUAUUUCCUAUUGAGUUUAUUUUGGGCAUUCACCAAUUUGAUCAGAUGUAUUUCCUUCGUGUACAGGGCUGCGUGGGCAAGAGACAUAACAAAUGCAAGAAUGGGGAUCGGUGAUGAGGUUCUACUUGUUGUACCGAGCGUUUUGUUAAUCUCAACAAACUUGAUUUUGGCCCAGAGGUUGUUCACUUGGCGACACCCCGUUGGUGGAAGCAGAAAUUUAUUCUGGUUUUUCAUGUUGUUUCUUUAUUGCAUUGUUGCGAUAUUGUUGACUGUGGCUAUACUUUCAUCGGCUAUUCCGUACAUGUAUUUCAUUUCUCCAUCACGGUUUGAUAUCUACAAAAAUUUGAACAAGUUUGUUUGCGUCAUGUUGAUUUCGUACACGCUCACUGCUUCGUCAUUAAUCGGGUUGAGUUUCUGGUUACCCACGAAAAAGGAUGAACGGUUGUACACGUAUCAACCAUGGUGGAUUGAAAGUUUUGCUCCAUUUUAUUUUGUCAAGAAAGGUGCUGCACAAGAGGCUGAGGCUACGUUCAUGAAACGGAAUUCAAACCAUCGACAUGCGAUUAGAGUUAUUGCUGCAACGCAUCACCAUUACAAUAUGGUGGAAGGAUUGACAAAUAAAAGAGGUGAUUUGAAGCACAACGUUUCCCUCGUUAUUGUUAUCAUUUCAACAAUUGGCGUAUUUGUACCCGCUAUGUUGAGAGCCGUGGUUGUGUUUCAAACUCGGCAACAAAAGACAUCUUCCCCAGCUGCGGCACUGACUUCUAUGUACUUUUGUUGGGGUGUUUUUGAAUUCAUCAUGAACAUGUCGUACAUAAUUGGAAGAGCAGAUUUGCGGUUCUACAGACCAGAUGUGUUGCCAUCUCAAGUGCGGGCCAUCAUCACGGCUGACCAGUCACAAAUGGUGACGCCGGUUGAUAGUGGCAAUGAGGACGAAGACGGUGGCUAUGACAAAUACCGUGACCCUUACGACUACCCACAAUACAGUGACGAGGAUGCAGAUGGAUUCGAUUUUGGAAAUGGGGCAGAUUCUUCUCCAUCUAGUGAUGACUUUUUCUUUGGCACCACUCCAGCAAAUGAAAAAAGUAGCCAAUUUGACGAAAAAGGAAGAGAUUCCGACUCCGGAUCGUUUACUCCUAACCAACGAACAUUUACAAACACUCCAGCAAACGAAUACGACAAGAAAGUUGGAGAUUCUGACGAUGAAUUCAAGUUUUAA